UCCGGCGCUGAUUUUGAACUGAAGGAAUGCAGGCAGGCGUGGCUGUAUGGGUCCUCCAGUGCUAGCAAACAAAACUAGACCUCCGCUGUCUUGACGCUAUUAUUCUAUAUAUUGACCUGGUUACAAUCACAAAGUGUUCAUCUGACAGUGGGACAGCAUGGAGGUGUCUGUUGGGAACCUGUACAACCAGUUUCAGAGUCUCCAAGCUCAACUGGAAGCUCUGAACGACAGCACUGAACCACAGUUCCUCAAGAUGGCAAUAAACUUUGAGGACUGUCGGAAGAAGUGGCUGUUGGCAGGUGAUGAGUUGGUUUCCUGCAAAGAAAUGUUGGCCAAAGUAGAAACGGAGAGGGGAGCUCUGGAGGUCAAACUAAAACACGCACGGAACCAGGUGGACGUGGAGAUCCGUCGACGGCAGAAGGCCGAGGCCAUCUAUGAGAAACUAGAGCGGCAGCUGCAGCUGAUCCGGGAGCUGCUGAUCUCAGAGAACGGCAGCAGUGUUCACUUAAGUGAGGAGCAACGGUCAGCCUUGGCUUUUCUCAGCGCCCAUUCGCAGGCAGCACAAGGUGCUAAAACCAACCUCAACUCAAGCCGAAGAUUAACUAAAAUUGAAGAAUCAACGUCUCUGCUGUCAGAUAUCAGCUACGACCAAACGGAUGACUCUCUGGACUGGGAUUCUUCUGUGAUGAGGAAUGUCAGACUCCGCAGACGGCAGAAACGACGUUCAUCCAGAAAGAUGACCGAUGGUCCUCUUGAUGCAGUGAAGAAGCCCCGCUCCACAGGGCGCACAUCAGAGAGGAAUAACGAGUCUAUCGUGGCCAAGACGACCAUCACCGUCCCAACUAGUGGUGGCGUUGUUGAGGCCGUCUCCACCAUUGAAACGGUGCCUUACUGGACCCGCAGCAGGAGGAGAAGUGCUUUGGCUGACACGACCACCUACGACCACUCUGAGACAGCCAGUGAAGCGCCCAGCAUGCCGGCCUCUGAAAUCCCAGAACUCAAGACUCCUCGAACCAAAGGAGGGAAGAAGCACCACUUCAUUCCCAAAACGGUGAUCAAGUCUGAGUUUUGUGCACCUUGUGGAAGAAGAACCAAGUUCGGCAAACUUUGUCUUCGCUGCCAGGACUGCAGGAUUGUGACCCAUCCAGAGUGUCGGGAUAAUUGCCCCCUGCCCUGUAAUCCCUCAGCUCUAGAAACUCCCAACAAGGGAACUGAGACAACUCUGGCUGACUUUGCUCCAACCAGCCCACCGAGGAUCCCGGCCUUGGUUAUCUACUGCAUUAAAGAGAUUGAACGCAGAGGCCUUCAUGAGGUUGGGCUUUAUAGAAUCUCUGGCCAUGAGCGCCUGGUAAAGGAGCUGAAGGAGAAACUCAUCCGGGGCAAGACUGUGCCUCCCCUUAACAAAGUGGAGGACAUCAAUGUCAUCACAGGCGUCCUCAAAGAUUUCCUCAGAAAUCUGCCCGAGCCGCUUCUCACCUUCCGCCUCAACAAGGUCUUCAUGGAAGCAGCCGAAAUACAAGAUGAUGGAAAUGGUCUAGCCCUGAUGUAUCAGGCCAUCAGUGAGCUGCCUCCUCCCAACCGGGACACACUGGCCUGUCUGAUGAUUCACCUGCAGAAAGUGUCUCAAAGCGUGGACACUAAGAUGGAUUUAAACAACCUGGCCAGAGUUUUUGGUCCAACCCUGGUGGGUCACGCUGUCCCUGACCCAGACCCCAUGACCAUCCUGCAUGAUACCAGUAGACAGCCAAGGAUUGUAGAGCGCCUGUUGAGUAUUCCUGGGAGCUACUGGAGCCGGUUUGCUCAUCCUGAUAAUGUAGACAUGGAGACUGCUCAGCACACAGACACUCCGAACCAAAAAGUGAGCAUGCUGGGACCAGUAACGACUCCAGAACACCAGGUGAUAUCCAAAACACCCUCCUCCAGCUCACUGUCUCAACGGGUGAUGCAGACCCUCACCAGCACCACCAUAUUUGGGAGCAAGAGCAAAGCAACAUCGGCGGCUAACCGCCAAGGAAACUUCUUUGCUUCACCACAGCUGAAGUAAAGCCUGAGGCCAGAAGAUUUAGACGGGUUUGGAUGUUACUGACUGCAACAAUAGCGUAUACUAAUCUCUAAUCAUGAUGGGAAAUUACUGUGCAAUCAUAAAAGGAUUUUGAGUGAUUUAUUCCUUUUCAUAUAUAAAUAUAUAUUUUUUACUUAAACAGUAUCUGAACUUUACUAACCCUUUAGCCUUUUAAUAUUUAACUAAUUUGUGUUACUCAUCCGAUCAUUAUUAUCUUUAAUUUGUAAACAUUGAAGUCUUUCAUAACUAAUCAGCCAUUUAAGGCAAAUGGAAGAUGUGUUUUUUUUCUCUUCAUUUUACCAGAUGUUCAGUAACUAUUUACUAAAUGUCUGAUUGUUGUUGUGAAGACAUGCCAAAUAAUUAGUUUUCCUGUGGUCAAGGUUAUACUUUAUUUCUUUUUAAAAAAAAACAAAAACACUGUCUUUUUUUUUCUUUUUCUGCAGAAUCAUGAUUUUGAUUUCCAAGUCACUUUAUUAAUGCUAUAUGCACAAAUUAUGACGUCACGUUUUGUUUUGAACACCACUAGAGGGUGCUGCUGCUCCAGUAGAGACAUGCAACCCCAACUUCUGCAAACCAAAGAUGCUUCAAUGUGAGCUUGAAGUGAAACCUGCUCUGUCUGACAUGACAGGCGUUUGCAUUUAUUUAACAAGUGUUAUGUUAAAGAAAAAAGAUUUUCUAACUGGAAAA